AUGGCUUCCCUUGAGACAGACUUCCCAGCAGUCCGCGCCUGCAUUUUCGACAUGGACGGGCUGCUCAUCAACUCCGAAGACAUAAUCACUUUGUCCAUCAACCACCUUCUUGAAAAGUAUGGGAGGCCUGUCUUGACUCGGUCGAUUCGGGCUCAGCUCAUGGGUGUCCCAGACUCGACAAAUGGCGACGUAUUCCACAACUGGGCCAAGUUGCCCAUCUCCCGCGAACAAUUCGCCCGUGAAUCGUCUGAACAAAUGCGCCUGCAUUUUCCGGAUUGCGAGCCGCUGCCUGGUGCGGAGAAGCUUCUGUCGAACCUUAGGAGUGCACGUAGUACUUCCUCUGGGGAUUGGAUCGAGCUGGCAUUGGCAUCCAGCACCAAGAGCUAUAGCUACGAGUUGAAGACUUCGAAGCCGGAAACCAAACGGCUGCUUAAAUUCUUCCGGUCCGACAGGCGGAUUCUGGGUGAUGACCCACGAGUGCGACAGGGUCGAGGGAAGCCAGCGCCUGACAUAUAUAAAGUUGCGUUGCAGUCGUUAAACGCGACGGCAGACUCUGGCGAAAGGGCCAUUAUGCCCAACGAAUGUUUAGUCUUCGAAGAUAGUGUGGCUGGGGUAGAGGCUGGAAGACGGGCUGGGAUGAGGGUUGUUUGGGUACCACAUCUAGAUGUAGCGGUCGAGUAUCAAGCGAGGCAGAAGGAUGUGCUGGCUGGAAGGACUGGAAUGUUUGAGAUUGGAGAUAAAUGGCAGCUAGGAGAGAUUGAUGACGGCUGGGCUGAAAGCAUACCGAGUUUGGAACAUUUCAACUACGAGAGGUACGGCAUUGAUGUGCUGUCCUAA